AGAAUUUCAUGGUAAUAAAAGACAUACAUACUCCAAGACUUUUCAUUUAUUUCUCAUCUCUCUCCCUCUCCCUCUCUCUCUGUAACAUACACCGUGUUUCUUGCGAUCUCAUUGUGCUAUUCUCUCUCUUUCUCUCUAUUCACUCUUUUUACACACCCCCUUUUCAUUGUUUUUCAUUUUUUAGCUUCACUCUUAUUGGUUAUUGGUCUAUCUGGUUUGAUUCUUCUUUUUUGGGCUAGAUUUGAAGUUUGAUCUGUUUUGUUAUGUGGGUCUGAUUUGUUUUGCUCUUUGGUGAUGCGAGUUGUGGACUUUUUGUGAUAUUUGGUGGGUUUUUAUGUGAAAAGUUGAAGAUUGCUUGGUGGGGUUUGCAAGAUUUGAUCUUUUGGGGCUACAGAUACAGGAUUUUUAAGAGGUACUUGAAGCUGAGGGUUAAAUUUUGUUGAUUCUGCAGUGAGGGCAAAGGGGUGAUUAAAUUCUUAAGCAGGUUUCAAUAGUCAGUUGUGACGGAUCCUUCAACUGAAAAUAGGUGGUGUGAUUGUGUAGCUGUUCUGGAUUGCAUAUUGAAUAUUAUCAGGGCCCUAAGGAUGGGGUCCUGCUUAUCUACUGAAAGCAGGGGCCCUAUGCCUAGCUCUCCAGGGGUUCGGAAAAAAAAGAAUUCGAGGAAAAAACUUGGGUCGCGAAAUUCUUCUUUUGAAUCCCAGAGGGAAGAACAGCUUCAUCGGAUACCGGGACGGAUGUUCUUGAAUGGCUCUAGUGAUGUUGCCUCGAUGUUCACUCAACAAGGCAAAAAAGGGACUAAUCAAGAUGCUAUGAUUGUAUGGGAGAACUUUGCGUCAAGAACAGACACAAUAUUUUGUGGUGUUUUUGAUGGACAUGGACCGUAUGGUCACUUGGUUGCUAAGAGAGUCAGAGAUUCUCUUCCAUUGAAACUGAGUGCUCACUGGGAAGUUAAUACAAAAAGUGAUGAUGUUCUUAGAGAGAUUAGUCUUAAUGGCACAGGCAGCCUGAACUCUGAAAGCACCUCCUUUUUGAAUGCUGAUGUAGAAUCAAGGGCAUCCUUCGAUGUUGAGGAGAAUGAAAAAAACACAAAUAUGUUUCAGACCUUGAAGGAAACCUUUAUAAAAGCUUAUAAAGUUAUGGAUAGAGAACUUAAGAUGUACACUACCAUUGAUUGCUUCUGCAGUGGAACAACAGCUGUAACCCUGAUUAAGCAGGGCCAUGAUCUUGUGAUUAGUAAUGUUGGAGACUCCAGAGCUGUAAUGGGUACAAGAGAUGAGAAUGAUCUUCUUACUGCAAUACAGCUGACUGUAGAUUUAAAACCAAAUCUUCCAGCGGAAGCUGAGAGGAUUCGUAAAUGUAAGGGGAGAGUCUUUGCUCUUCGGGAUGAACCGGAAGUUGCCAGAGUUUGGUUGCCUAACAAUGACUCUCCUGGCCUCGCAAUGGCCCGUGCUUUUGGGGAUUUCUGCCUUAAAGAUUUCGGUCUAAUAUCUGUUCCUGAAAUUUCUCAUCGCCGCCUCACUGAAAAGGAUGAGUUUGUAGUACUGGCAACAGAUGGGAUCUGGGAUGUUCUCACAAACAAGGAGGUUGUAGACAUUGUUGCCGCAGCUCCUGCACGUUCCUAUGCUGCUAGAGCAUUGGUUGAGUCAGCAGUUCGAGCAUGGAAGUCCAAAUACCCUACCUCUAAGGUUGAUGACUGUGCAGUGGUUUGCCUCUUCUUUAACUCCAACGAUUUAUCAUCUGCUUCUGUCAUUGAAUCAAAUGAAAAGAUAGUUCCGGUGGAAGAGUGUGUUAUAGAUAAUGUUAAAAAGGAUACUUCCGCCAAUAUAAAAAGAGGGGAGAAACUUGGUGAAGAAUGUGAAGAGGAAGAAGUUGAAGCCGAUGAAGACGAUCCCCUACUAUAUGCAGAUCCAGAGAAAGACUGGUCUGCCCUUGAAGGAGUUUCUCGGGUGAACACAUUACUGACACUACCAAGGUUUACACCUGGAAAAGAAGAUAAACCAGCUGCUGGUGAACCAAAGGCUCGUAAAUGAGGAAGCACAAAAGGUUCAAUUUAUUUUGGAGCUCUUAUUUUUUUUCCGUCAGCAAAUGUUUUUAACUAAGUCUCUGUUUAUGGUUUCUUUUUCUUACAAAUGAAAAAUAAUUGAAAAAGGGGUUUUAAUGUCAUUGAUGUUUAUUCUGGACCGGAGAGGUGGGCCCGGCUAUAUUAGAGUGUCUGGGAACUGUCCUUUCUCUCUCUAGUGUGGGUAGAAUCGGAAUUUUGUAAAAUCCUACUCUCCGUGUAUUGUUUAUUUCUUUUUGAAAUGUGUGAAAAAUAUGUUGAUUAU